AUGGCUCUCAUACUGAUCAUCAUGAUCCUCCUCCCCCUCUUCUUUCCGUCUGAAGCCUAUGAUAUCCAGAGAUAUGGCUUCAUCGCCUACUGCAACUUCAGCUCCAAGUACACCAUCCCGAGCCCAUUCAAGGCCAACCUCGACGCACUACUAUUCAACCUCACCGAUUCCACCGCCAACUCGAACAACUCAUUCUUCAACAACUCCGUCGGGACAGCACCCGACAUUGUCUACGGCCUCGCUCAGUGUCGCCUCGACAUGUCCGCGUACGACUGCGGUAUCUGUCUCUACCGCUUGGCAUUGCAUGCCUUAUCCCAAUACCUGCUAUACCGCUCGAACUCCAUCCUCUCCAACAACUGCGACCUCCGCUACUCUGACCGCCACUUUUUCUCCCAGGUCUAUCUCAACUUCACAACCUUUUACAAUGACAACAACGUCUCCAAUCCGACAGUGUUUAGAGAGCCAUUAAGGAAACUGAUGCACGAAGUGACGUCCAAAGCCCCCAUGAGAGUGACUAGAUUCGCUUCGGCAUCUGUCAACGACUCCAUAACUGGGAACAUCUACGGGUGGGCAAGUUGCACUCGGGAUCUAACUGAUGCUGGCUGUUCCACAUGUUUGAAUUAUGCUCUUCCGCUUGUACUGGAAUAUGGCUAUUCAAAAGGUUGCCGAGUGUUCUCUGUGACCUGCCAAGUUAGAUUCGAGAUCUAUCCCAUCUUGGCACAGCCGCCUCCGCCGCUGACAGGCAGUUAUCCCAGUGAGGUAACUUUGCAUCAAGGAAACCUUAAUGAUACAAUGAAGACGGUUCUCGCUGUAGUCAUUUCUUUGACUGUUGCCAUUGGGCUCGUCUCUGUCAUUUACUUCUGUUGGCAGAAAAGGAGAAAAUUCAGAAAACUCAUAUUUUUACGUGAUCUUCAAGAUGAUGAAACAGAUUUUACAAGUGCAGAAUCUAAAUGGUUUGAAUUAAGUACUCUCAGGGAUGCCACGGAUAACUUCUCUAACCAAAAUAAACUAGGACAAGGAGGAUUUGGAUCAGUUUAUAAGGGGACCUUGAAACAUGGACAGGAUAUAGCUGUGAAAAGACUUUCAGCGAGCUCAGGUCAGGGCUUGCAGGAGCUAAGGAAUGAGGUUAUCUUUGUCGCUAAGCUUCAACACAGGAAUCUUGUCAGGUUACUGGGCUGCUGUUUGGAUAAUAAUGAGAAGCUCCUUGUCUAUGAAUUCCUUUUUAAUAGUAGCCUCGAUAAAUUUUUAUUUGAUAAUAAUGGAAGUCAGCAACUAGAUUGGAGAAGCAGGUACAAGAUCAUUGAAGGCAUUGCUAGAGGAUUGCUUUAUCUUCAUGAAGAUUCACGCCUAAGGAUUAUUCACCGGGACUUGAAAGCAAGCAAUAUCUUACUGGAUGAAAACAUGAACCCCAAAAUUUCUGACUUUGGUCUUGCAAAGCAUUUUGGUUUGAACGAAACUCAAGCGAACACAACUAGAAUUGCUGGGACACAUGGGUACAUGGCACCAGAAUAUCUAAUGCGAGGAGAAUUCUCACCAAAAUCAGAUGUUUUUAGUUACGGUGUGCUGGUGUUGGAGAUUGUGACUGGCCAAAAAAACAGAGGUGUUGUGAGAUAUCAGCCUGCAUCUGACCUUGUAAACAAUGUGUGGAAACACUGGAAUGAAGGGAAAGCAUUAGUCUUGACCGACAAACGAAUUGGAGAGGGAUUUCCUGCUGACCAAGUACAGAGAUGCAUACACAUUGGGUUGCUUUGUGUCCAGGAAGACCCAACCAAGAGACCAAGCAUGACUUCGGUUGUGAACAUUCUCAGCAGCUAUUCCACUUCUCUUCCAAAGCCUUUGAUCCCAGGGUUUUUCACUAGAAGUAGUUUUAUCAGGGAGUCAGAUGAGCACUCUGGGAAUGCAGAAAUCCAGUUGGUGGAAAGAAGAUACAGCAGUGAAUCCACAACUCAGCUUGCAAAUUCCAGCUCCAUGAAUGAAAUUUCCCUGUCUGAUAUUGAACCUAGAUAA